CCACGAACCAUUGAGAAUCUCUAGAUCUACGAGAUAUUUACGAGAGCCUUUCUGAGGCUGGAAAUAUUCAAUCUCGAAAUAUCUCGUCUAUUAAGGGCAUUCAAACACUGAAAACCGCCACGAGUUCACCUCAUAUUCAACCAGUUUCGAACAACAACCUGUCCCGAAUAUGCUUCGAAUUGUCCGCCCAAGGUCCUCUUAUAGACGCUUGCUCUCGCUCCGACCUCUGUUAAAAUCUAGACCUUGGCCGUCUCUGCCCUUAUUGUCUCAAAAUUCAACACAUAAUCCAGUUGCCAAAUUUCGUGCUAUACACACCGGACCAAAAGAGAUACCAACCAAGACGUCCAACGAGCCAAAAGUUGAUCUGAAUACGUUCCUCGGCCCCUCUUUACCAAGCCGCGUAUAUAAUCUGUGGUUCCAGCACGUACCAGAUGAGCAGAGCCUUACACUCCCUACCCCCGAGGUGUUCAAACCAUGGUUCACCAAGGACGCCACAUUUGACCUUGAAUGCGCAACUCAAUUCAAACCAAUCCUCGAAGCAAUUCACCAAGCACAUCCUGAAUCGCAAACACAAGCACAGGCCGAGGCCCAAGCCGAGCAAAUACUGGAUCUCGUCAAACCCAGUUCACCUCUAGACUGGCUCGGUCUAGUCAUUCUACUCGACCAACUUCCCCGGAACUGCUACCGCGGCGAAGAAUCCGCCCUUGUUUUCACGUUCUUUGACCCCAUAUCCCAGGCCAUCACUCUUCGGGCUCUCGAACAGAACAUCCCAUCUAGCCCGGAGCUACGGUACCGUCUUGCGCUGCGACACUGGUUCUACCUCCCAUUGAUGCACUCGGAAGAUCUGCGUCACCAGGAUCUGUGCUUGGAGAAGUACCGUGAGAUGGAUGAAGAUGUUCGGCGUCUGCUAGCUGAGGCUUCAUCCGCUGGACUGAGUGAAAAGCAGGCUACGUGUCGUGAGGUCCUAGCUAAAAACAGGGAAGCUGUCAAUGCGAUAUCCGCGCAGAACCUCCGGUUCCAGAAGGAGCAUCACGAUAUCAUCGCGCAGUUUGGUCGGUAUCCGUAUCGGAAUAAGGCGCUGAAAAGGAAGUCGACGCCGGAAGAAGAGAAGUUCCUUACCGAGAUGGAGAUCUCUUUUGGUUGAUAUGUCUAAGGCUGCCUAAGGAAUACUUGCGGUAGUAUUGACUGUUCAACAGAGAUCAUGUAUAUAUGGGAAUAGAGAUAGAUGAUACUGUGCACUUGUCAGUAGAAAGAAGGCAGUAUAGAUAAGACCAACUCCAUUUAUAGGAAGAAAAGGUACAGAGCAAAAGACAGAAUCUAUAUACGCUUGUUGAAGGAGAAGUAAAGUCGGAGUAGAGGUCUGAGCGGCGGAUCAUAGGGAUCAUGGUGGCCA